AUGGACCAGGUCGAACACGUCUCUGGCCAGGCAAACAAGCCUUUGCCGAGGCCACCCCAUGCCCUACCAGCCCGCACAGUUAUCGAGCUGCUCGAGGUCAACGACCAGACCGGCCUUACUUCUACCGUCGCCGAGCAGCGCCUGGCCGAGUACGGCCCCAAUGAGCUGCUCAAGGAGAAGAAUGCGCAGCCUCUCAAGAUUUUCAUUAGGCAAAUCGCCAACGCCAUGACGCUGGUUCUCGUCUUGGCCAUGGGUGCGAGUUUUGGUAUCCAAGCCUGGAUUGAAGGCGGCGUAAUGGCUGCCAUCAUCGUUCUCAACAUCGUCAUUGGUUUCUUCCAAGACUACCAAGCCGCCCGUACCAUUGAUGCCCUGGGCGCCCUCACCUCGCCGACCGCCAAGGUCAUCCGCGAGGGCAAGACCGUCGUCGUCGACUCCGCCUCCGUCGUCCCCGGUGACAUUGUCGAGCUCAAGAUGGGCGACUCUGUCCCCGCCGAUGUCCGCCUUAUCGACGCCGUCAACUUCGAAGCCGACGAAGCCCUCCUCACUGGUGAGUCCCUACCUAUCCGGAAGGACCCGGAUCUCACCUUCGAGGACGAGGUCGGUCCCGGCGAUCGCAUCAACGUGGCAUUCAGCUCCACCGUCGUCACCAAGGGCCGCGCGCGGCAUCGUCUUCGCCACCGGCAUGUACACCGAGAUUGGGUCCAGGCGCACCGCAACGCCGAGGGAAACAUCACGAUCAGUUCUUACUUCAUCUACGCCUGCGAGGUCGUCUGGGGCCGAAAGCUGUCGUGGCUGUUCCUCUACAUCUUUGGCUUUGCGGUCGUCUGCGCUAUUGUCGUGCUUGCGGCGAACAAGUUCAGUACUAGGAGCGACGUCAUCAUCUAUGCCGUUGCUGUGGCCGUUGGAACUCUUCCCGUAUCUCUAAUUCUGGUGCUCACGAUUACUAUGGCUGCCGGCACCAAGGCCAUGGUUGACCGCAACGUCGUCGUCCGCCAGCUUUCUAGCUUGGAGGCUCUUGGUGGUGUAACCAACAUUUGCUCCGACAAGACCGGAACUCUUACCCAAGGCCGCAUGGUUGUCCGCAUGGCCUGGCUCCCCAGCAUCGGCACUUACUCCGUCGCGACCACUCAAAACCCCUACGACCCCACCUUGGGCGAGAUAAAGCUCACUCACGUCCAGCCCAAAGACCUCCACUCCCCCAAGGGCGCCGAGGCCCCCGUAGACAAAAUCGACACCACCAAGGAGCCUACCGACAAGCCCGCUCUCCAGACCUACCUCAACAUCGCUUCUCUGGCUAACCUCGCGACGCUCCAGCGCAUGACCGAUACAGAGACCGAGAAGGCGGGUAGAUGGUCCGCCCACGGAGACCCCACUGAGGUUGCCUUGCAAGUUUUCGUCACGCGCUUUGGCUGGAACAGAUUGACGCUCUCGACCGAGGCCAACCCGAGCGCACGCUGGAAGCAGGUUGGCGAGUUGCCCUUCGAUUCUGACGUCAAGCGCAUGUCUGUCAUCUGCGAGGACACCCAGUCGCCAAACCGCGAGAUCCACAUGUUCACCAAGGGUGCCACGGAGCGCGUGGUCGGUUGCUGCUCUAUGAUUGCCCUAGACGACGGCGAGCCCGUGCCAAUUGACGACAAGAUUGUGUCCGACAUCCAAGCCAACAUGGAAGCCCUCGCCAGACAUGGUCUACGCGUCCUCGCUCUCGCUAGCAAAUCGGGUCUUGCCCCCAUCACCGAAGAAGAGCACAAGAAGGGUCUCGACCGCGCCACCUACGAAAAGGACCUCAUCCUCCGCGGCCUCGUGGGAAUUUACGAUCCCCCUCGUCCCGAGUCUCAGCCCAGUCAUUUUGCCCCCGAGGCCAAGAUCAGCCAGAUGCCCGCCGAUAUCGUCCGCACCAUGGUCAUGACAGCCCAUCAGUUCGAUUCCCUUUCGGACGCGGAGAUUGAUGCGUUGCCUGAGCUCCCUCUGGUCGUCGCUCGCUGCUCGCCCACCACUAAAGUUCGAAUGAUUGCUGCGCUUCAUCGCCGCAAGCGCUACGUCGCCAUGACCGGUGAUGGCGUCAACGACAGCCCAUCUCUCAAGUACGCCGACGUUGGCAUUGCCAUGGGUCAGAACGGAUCCGAUGUGGCCAAGAAUUCUUCCGACAUUAUCCUGACUGAUGAUAACUUCGCUUCCAUCCUCAACGCCAUUGACGAGGGUCGUCGCAUCUUUGACAACAUUCAAAAGUUCAUUCUUCACGUCCUCGCCGCCAAUGUUGGCCUUGUCAUCACACUCUUGACCGGACUGGCCUUUAAGGAUGCCACGGGCAUCUCUAUUUUCCAGAUCACGCCUGUUGAGAUCCUCUUCAUGUUGCUUGUCGCCGGUGCCUUCACUGAGACCGGUCUCGGCUUCGAGAAGGCAUCUCCCGACGUGCUGCGCCGCCCUCCCCACAAUCUCAAGUACGGCGUAUUCACCCCCGAGUUUAUUCUCGAUCUCAUUUCCUACGGUCUCGUCAUGGCAGCGUGCCUCCUCGGGUCCUUUGUAGUCGUACUAUUCGGUUUCAACAACGGCAACCUGGGCCACGAUUGCAACAUUGAAUACAGCGACUCGUGCGAACCCGUAUUCCGCGCCCGCGCAACAUGUUACACGACCAUGAUGUGGGUCUUCCUCUUCUUCGCCUGGGAGCUCGUCGACUCCCGCCGUUCCUUCUUUGACGGAUUCAUGAAGAGCCCUCGCGACUGGGCCCUCGGACUGUGGAGCAACCCGUUCCUCUUCUGGUCCGUUACUGUCGGUUUCUUCAUCACCAUCCCGACGCUGUACAUUCCCGUCAUCAACACUGUUGUUUUCAUGCACAGCGGCAUCACGUGGGAGUGGGCCGUGGUCGUGAUUGCCGUCAUCUUCUUCUUCGUGACCGCCGAGUCGUACAAAUGGGGCAAGAGGGUGUGGCUGAGGAGGCACGGUCUGGCUCCUAAGAAGGGAGACGAGGAGGAUGCUUAUUUCAGCACCAGCACCGACUACAUGUAA